GAUCGUUGAUCGGUUGCUCCUCCUGGUGAAUCGCAGUCACCGGCAGCGCGCGAGCUUUCAGCGCCUCUUAACGGGUUUAGUGGCGGCCGCGAUUAUUACUGGAUUAAAGUGAAACCAGUUACGGCGGGACUGGAGUUGAGCCCUCUUUGUGGACGUUCGGUGCAACUUUACCGCCCGUUGAGUCGACGGCUGAAAGCCCAGCAGACUUUUACAGCCCGUGGUCAUGGAAUAAAAAGGCGAAGUGGAGCCGGGCGCGAGGCCUGAGGGAAACUAACGUGAGCUAGCUAGCUGACGGGAGCAGUUCAUCCUUGUUUGGGGUCGCUGUGCUAACCAGCUAGCUGCUGUGUCUGUUAGCAUAACAAUUAGACAACCGGGUUCGCUGGCUCGUUUUGAUGUUGAUUCAUUGAAGGAAGCCGCGCAGGGCCACCAGAGUGACACGUCUCCUAAACUUUCUAGCAGUUUUAUUUCAACCUAAUAAGGAAGCGAGCGAGCUACGUCUUUGUCGUAUAAAGUGGAUCUUUUUCUGUGAGCGCUAAAGUAUUUUUCUAUGAAGGAUUGCAUGUUGAUGAUCAAACAUCAGUCAGACACAGUCCAGGCUCCCGGACCCUCCACGGAACUAAAGUUAAACCCGCUUUCGGUCCACAUCACUCCGUCUCACUGACCACUGUCUCCUGUCUUCGGCCGGCUUCAGUUGCUGGCCACACGGCACUGAGUGCCCAAUGGAGGAUCAUGACACCAUGGACUAUUUUUACCAGCAGGUAGUGCAGAAAGAUGUUACCCGUAGGUUGCAGGUCGGCCAGGAGCUCAUUGACUACCUCAAUGACCCGAGCCGCUCCCCGGACGUGGAGCAGGACAAACCCCGCCUGGAUAAGACCAUGGAUGAGCUGACGGGAUGGGUGAACUCCAGCAAUUUCAAGGUGGCUUUGGUGGGGAUAGACAUCUGCGGUGCGUUUGUGGACCGCCUGGGAGAGCGUUUCAGAGGAUACCUGGCCACAGUUUUGCCAGCUUUGGUGGACAGGCUGGGCGAUGGGAAGGACCAGGUCAGGGAGAACAGCCAAGCUGUCAUCCUUCGCUGUAUGGAGCAGAGUGCCUCGCCCAUGUACGUUUGGGAAAGGCUACUUCCUGGUUUUAAACAUAAGAACUUCCGCAGUCGAGAAGGAAUCUGCCUCUGUCUCAGUGCCACGCUCACCACGUACGGAGCCCAGCCACUGAGCCUCAGUAAGCUAGUUCCUCAUCUCUGCUCUCUGACCGGAGACCAGAACCCACAGGUACGUGAGGCCUCCAUAGCAACAUUGGUGGAUGUUUAUCGUCACGUUGGAGAGAAGGUCCGAGCAGACCUGGGCAGGAGAGGUCUGUCGGCUGCACGGUUACAGGCGUUAUUCACUCGUUUUGAUGAAGCCUUGAAUUCAGGCAACAUGGCUCUCAGCCCGGGUCACGAUCGUAGUUUUGAAGAUGAUGACAGUGUGGAUGGGAAUCGUUCUUCUGCCGCCCAGGCUGCCUUCAAGGUCCCAAAAGUUCCCAAGAAGCCUGCAGAGUCCUCUUCUGCACGCAGGCCCAGCGCUACCGGUGGCAAGCUUGUGUCCAAGGAAAGUGCAGGGGGAGUUGAUGAAGAGGACUUCAUUCGAGCUUUCACAGAUGUGCCCACUGUCCAGAUUUACUCAUCGAGGGAUCUUGAAGACAACCUGAAUAAGAUCCGGGAGAUCUGCUCUGAUGAAAAACAUGACUGGGACCAGAGAGCCAACGCUAUGAAGAAGGUCCGCUCACUGCUGGUGGCAGGCGCGACGAAUUACGACUGUUUCUACCAGCAUCUCCGGCUACUGGACGGAGCCUUCAAACUGUCCGCUAAAGACCUGCGCUCACAAGUUGUCCGAGAGGCCUGCAUCACUGUGGCCUACCUUUCAUCAGUGCUGGGGAAUAAAUUUGACCAUGGAGCGGAAGCUAUUGUUCCCGUUCUGUUCAACCUCAUCCCCAACUGUGCCAAAGUCAUGGCCACCUCCGGUAUGUUGGCUAUUCGCAUCAUCAUACGGCACACCCACGUCCCCCGGCUCAUCCCCCUGAUCACCAGCAACUGCACAUGCAAGUCUGUGGCUGUCCGAAGGCGCUGUUUUGAUUUCCUGGAACUUCUGCUCCAGGAAUGGCAAACCCACUCUCUGGAGAGGCACACGGCAGUUCUGGUUGAGAGCAUCAAGAAGGGACUUCGAGAUGCAGACUCGGAGGCUAGAGUAGAGGCUCGCAAGGCCUACUGGGGUCUGAGGAACCACUUUCCAGCGGAGACCGACGCUCUCUACAACUCCCUGGAGCCAUCGUACCAGAAGAUCCUUCAGUCCUGCUUGAAGAGCUCUGGCAGCGUGGCCUCUCUUCCCCAGAGUGACCGCUCCUCGUCCUCCUCUCAAGAGAGCCUCAAUCGGCCUCUGACUUCUAAAUGGACAGCAACUCCAGGCCGAGUCCCUGCGGGUUCAACGGGUGGGUUGCCGUCGGCCUCCCUGCAGCGAUCCCGUAGUGACGUGGAUGUUAAUGCAGCCGCAGUCGCUAAGCACCGACACGUCGGCCAGACCAGGGUAACGGGGCGCCUGCCCCCUGGCGGCUACUCCUCACUGGAUGAUGCCUCUGAUCAAACGGAUGGCCGUGUACGUACCAAGCAGCCCUUGUCCACUGCCAGCAGCGUGUCCAGCCAGGUGGACUCAAGAGGACGCAGCCGCACUAAGAUGGUCUCCCAGUCCCAACGUUCCGACGAAUCCGAUUGCACACCAGGAUCUCAGUCUGCUACCCCUGUUGGUGCUGGCAGUCGCAGUGGCUCUCCGGGUCGUGUGCUGACGAGUACGGCCCUGAGCACCAUGAACUCAGGGGCCCACCGGGUGCUGGCGGGGUCCAGCGGGGACAAAACCAGACGCAGCCGUAUCCCCCGUAGCCAGGGCUGCUCCAGAGACUCUUCCCCCACCCGCCUGUCAGUUGCUCCUUCCAGUAUUAGUUCCAUCUACAACGGAGCAAGCAGAGGAGCUCGGGGCAGUCGUAUCCCUCGGCCCAGUAUGAGUCAGGGCUGCAGCAGAGAGGCCAGCAGGGAGAGCAGCCGCGACACGAGCCCUGUUCGCUCCUUCACUCCCCUUGCAUCACGAAGCUACUCUCGCUCCACCGGAGCUCUCCACACACCUGACACUUUUGGGGCUGCAGGAGGAUCAAGUUUUGGCAUCAGCCAGUCCAGUCAUCUCUCUUCUUCAGUCAGCGCCAUGAGGGUCCUCAACACGGGCUCAGAUGUAGAAGAGGCUCUCGCCGAUGCUCUGCUGUUGGGAGACAUGCAGUCCAAGAAGAAGCCAGCACGGCGGCGAUACGAAAACUCCAGCAUGUACUCUGACGAUGACGCCAACAGCGACGCAUCCAGCGCCUGUUCGGAGAGGUCUUACAGCUCCAGGAACGGAGGAGCCAUCCCCACCUACAUGAGGCAGACAGAAGACGUAGCUGAGGUGCUGAACCGCUGUGCCAGUGCCAACUGGUCAGAGAGGAAGGAAGGGCUUUUGGGUCUCCAGGCGCUGCUGAAGAACGAACGCAUCCUCAGUCGGGUGGAGCUAAAGCGGCUCUGUGAAAUCUUCACCCGGAUGUUUGCAGACCCUCACAGUAAGCGAGAUUCCGGCAGAGUGUACGGCACGGCAGAAUCCGGUAUAAGCUCAGCCUCCUUCAAGAGAGUGUUCAGUAUGUUCCUGGAGACGCUGGUAGAUUUCAUCCACGUCCAUAAGGAAGAUCUGCAGGACUGGUUGUUCGUCCUGCUCACACAGCUGCUGAAGAAGAUGGGAGCUGACCUGCUGGGCUCCGUACAGGCCAAAGUUCAGAGAGCCCUGGAUGUCACACGGGAGUCUUUUCCCAAUGACCUUCAGUUUACUAUUCUCAUGAGGUUUACUGUGGACCAGACACAGACACCCAACCUCAAGGUGAAGGUGGCCAUUUUGAAGUAUAUCGACACCCUGACGUUACAGAUGGAAGCUCCAGACUUUGUGAACUCCAGUGAGACUCGGCUCGCCAUCUCCCGCAUCAUCACCUGGACGACUGAACCCAAGAGCUCUGACGUCAGAAAGGCGGCCCAGUCGGUGUUAAUCUCACUGUUCCAGCUCAACACUCCAGAGUUCACUAUGCUGCUGGCAGCUCUGCCCAAAACCUUCCAGGACGGAGCCACCAAGCUGCUUCAAAACCAUCUGAAGAACACUGGCAACGCUGCACAGGCACCAAUGGGCAGCCCUCUGACGCGCCACACCCCCCGAUCUCCAGCAAGCUGGUCCAGCCCGGUCACUUCCCCCACCAACACUUCCCAGAACACCCCCUCACCAAGUGCAUUUGACUACGACACGGAGAACAUGAACUCAGAGGACAUCUACAGCUCACUGAAAGGUGUCACUGAGGCGAUCCAGAACUUUAGCGUCCGCAGCCAGGAGGACAUGAAUGAACCGGUCCACCGGCGGGAGGGAGAGGAGGGGGACAGCGGGACAGACGGCAGAGUGUCAGACUUUGUGGAAGGAGGCCGCAUGGCUCUGGACAACAAGACGUCCCUCCUCAACACCCCCCUGCUUUCCUCCAGCCCCCGAGGGGCCCGCGAGCACUUCUCAGACUCUCCCUUCAAACACAGCCGCAAAGACACCAGCAUGGACGACUCUGAGCAUCCCACUGAUGACAGCAGCCUCGACCAAUCGGAGCUGGUGGCCGAGCUGCUGAAAGAGCUGUCCAAUCACAACGAGCGCAUUGAGGAGAGGAAGACAGCGCUGCGCGACCUGCUGAAGCUGAUUCGCGAGAACACCCUGCAGGUGUGGGACGAACAUUUCAAGACCAUCCUGCUGCUGCUGCUGGAAACGAUGGGCGACAGAGAGCAUGUGAUCCGAACGCUAGCUCUGCGGGUGCUGAGAGAGAUUCUCAGCAAGCAGCCAUGGAGGUUCAAAAACUACGCAGAGCUCACCAUCAUGAAGGCCCUGGAGGCUCACAAAGACCCUCACAAGGAGGUGGUACGAGCAGCAGAGGAGACGGCAGCCAUGUUGGCCUUGUCCAUCAGUCCCGACCAGUGUGUCAAGGUGUUGUGUCCCAUUAUCCAGUCAGCCGACUACCCCAUCAACCUGGCUGCCAUCAAGAUGCAGACCAAAGUAGUGGAGAGGGUUCCCCGCGAGGGCCUGAUGAGCCUCUUGCCUGAGAUAGUGCCAGGACUCAUACAGGGUUACGACAACUCUGAGAGCAGUGUAAGGAAAGCCAGUGUGUUCUGCUUGGUGGCCAUUUAUGCAGUGAUCGGAGAGGACCUCAAACCGCACCUCAACCAACUCUCCGGCAGCAAGCUGAAGCUGUUGAAUCUGUACAUCAAGCGCGCCCAGUCUGGCUCGAGCGGCAGUGAACCUCCGUCUGAGGGCCUAUAGGAGACGCAGCGCACUCCCACAGAACUCCAGCUCCGCCCACCUACCAUAAACAUCAGUUCAUGAUCUCACACCCACACAGGCCGAGAACAAACAGACAUCCUAACACUUACACCGGAGAGAACUGUUGGCCAGCAGAUUGGCACACACACACACACAAACGCACACAGAGGUACACACCGUCCGCAUACAUUUCCUUCCCCACGACAAGAUGGGAGUUGUGGUGUAGUUAUUCUGACCAUCGCUGAGGAUCCACCCUGAUCUCUCAAACGGAGCUGAACCCGUAAAUAUAAUCGAAAACACACGUUCAGUCACACCCAGGUUGGUCACUGAUCACUCAAGGAUGAAGAUAUGAAAUGUCUCUAUCCCGAACACUACAGUCUCUCCUCUGCGUAACAUCUUGAUGUCAACAAGAAAUGCAUUUGCAUGGUUCUCAUUUUAAGGGGGUACGGUUCAUGGAACAGGCCAGAGACGAACGAAUGGUGCCGUCUUGUGUUUUUUUUUUUUAACAGUGAGUAACCGGGGCCAGGUGGACAGGAAUGUACAUUUACAUUGUGACAUGGUUUGAAUUAUUUUACGCCAUGAGGUUUUACCACAGCAGUUUUUAAUGUCUGGUAUUUUCUCUCUCUCUCACACACACACACACACACACACUUUAAAAAAAAGGUGCUGAUUAGUCUAAAAGGUACGACCAACCAACCGUUCCCAGCACAGUCACAGUGGGUCAUCCUGCUCACAGUGAAGACAAAGUGGAGGAGGUGUUUUGUGCUUGGCUAUGCAUGAGACUAAAUUACAAAAGAUGUGUUUUAUUGGAGUUUGAUCGACAGUCAUAAUCGUGUGACAGGGGUUUUAAAUUAAUGUGAACAAUGUCUGCCCCUUUCAGAAAAAUUCAUGGUGUCAUCCGUUUCUCCCAGCCCUUCUUGGUUCACUCCACUUAUGGGCAACAUGGGGAGGAAGAUGGGUGCGCGCUGCUUACUAUAUGAAGUAUGACAAGACACAGCGCAUUAUCACAUAGUGGAUAUGUAUCUAUAUAUGAUAUUACAAUGGAAUAUCCCAUAACUGUCAUUUAGGAGAGUUCAUGUGCCCAUCCUUGUUUUUAUUUUCUCUCUGUUGUGCUAGCCGUAGUCUCUCUCUCUCACAUAUUUUUUCUCUGCUGAGAAAUUUAAAUGUAUUAUUUACAGCUCUGAAAACCAAUCGUCAUGUCACCCUUCUCUCUUGUCCUCUUCAUCGUGUCUUUCUUUCCUUCCUCUUGUAACAUUCUAGUUUUCACUGUUGUGUUUCCUCCGUGCAUUUACAAAGCUGUGCUUACAUUACAAUAAAGAACUUGUACAGAU